ACGUUCUAUGUAUUGCCAAAUUAACAAUGAUCUAGAAAAGCAUAUUUCAUUAUUUCAAAUGUUUUGCGCCAAUGUUACCGACACGCAUUCACAAAAUGUUAUCGUAUGUCAUUGUUCUAACCUCAAAUCCACAAUGGGGAUUUCUAUGUGCGAUGAAAUGAUGCCAAUAAAUGUGAAGGUACAGUUUACGGCUGCAAGCGUAGGUUAUCAUGCUGAAAGUGCUAUGGACAAGCAAUUUGAUCUUUGUCAUAAUAUUAAAUACAUAUAUUACAUACACACUGAAUGUAAUUAUUGAUCAGACAAGUUCUGUGAAAGGACAGAUUAUUUACUUUUUGACAUAAAGGAACAUGGUUCAAUGGUGGACAAGAACAGUGAGAAGGCUGUGCGAUUUAAAUAUUUCAUCAGCAACGUAAUUUGAGAUGAAUAUUAGUCAGAUAUUUGUUUGGAAUGAUACUUAUUGCGUAUAAUGGAAUCGAUCUGUAUUACUUGAAUGACAAAAGUGACGUGAUUAUACAUCAGACGUGUUCAUAUCUCUUCAGUUGUGGUAUAAAGUGUUCGAAAGUGACUAUAAGCCGUGCUUCCGAGGGGGAAAAGAAAAAAAUGGUGCAUGUUUAUGGCUCUGAUAUCAGUAUCUAAAACACAUUCAUCACUUGAAGAGAGCGAAUUUCCAAAUAAAUAUAGCAAAACGUCAGAAAUGGCAGAUUCUUUGUGGGAAGACAGGGAAGUUCGGUUUGACAUUCCAUUACAUCAGAUGAAAAUGAGACCUGGUGAGAAAAUAUUGGAUAAACUGGAUUAUGUUGAAGAUACAAAAGGAAAUGGUGGGGAUAAAGGUCGCUUGGUGAUAACUAAUCUGAGAAUUAUGUGGCAUUCACAUUCCAUGCCUAGAAUCAAUUUGUCUAUCGGCUACUCUUGUAUAGUUACUGCAGCAACAAAAACGGUGAACUCACAACUUCGAGGGGUGACAGAAGCUCUCCACAUUCUGACCAAAUCAAAUAAUACAAGAUUUGAGUUCAUUUUUACAAACCUAAUACCAGAAAAUUCAAGACACUUCACAUCUGUGAUGGGUGUGCACAAGGCCUACACAUCCUCUAGAAUGUAUCGAGAGCUGAAGCUGCGAGGAGCCAUCAUACACAACAAGCAACUAAAUAUCCUGCCUCUUGAACAGGUGUAUACGACUGUGCCAGGUGUCUGGAACCUUUCUAGUGAUCAGGGAAAUCUUGGCACAUUCGUUAUCACAAAUGUACGACUGGUAUGGUUUGCAGAUAUGAAUGAGAAUUUCAACAUCUCUCUUCCAUACCUGCAGAUAAUGCACGUGAAAAUUCGUGAGUCCAAAUUUGGCCCUGCACUGGUUGUGGAAUGUGCAGAGGGUGGUGGUGGCUACGUGCUGGGGUUCCGUAUUGAUCCCAAGGAGAAGUUGCAGUCAGUUCAUAAAGAGCUGUUGUCCCUGCAGAAAGUAUAUGGACAGAUGCCAUUAUUUGGAGUGCAGUUCAAGGUGGGAGAACAGAGUGAACCUUGUGCUGAACUGCCAUCCAUGGUGGAAAAUAUCCAGGAGUUCGAUGACACAAAGGACGAGCUGUCAAAUGCAUUUGUGGCUUAUUUUGUGGAUUCUGGACACAAGAAGGACCGUGAACCUGUUUACAGUCCAGAGCUAGGACUAGCUAUUGAGAAACUUAAAGAUGGCUUUACAAUUCAGAGCCUAUGGGAAGUUCUGCCAAGUUCACAAAUGUAAAACAACAGCAGCAACAUAGCCUGGUGGUCACAGAACAUCUACAAGAAUAAGUUGUUCCCAGAACUUAAAUAAGUAUGUCUUGCAAGUGGAUGAACCUUGUAAUUGUCACAACCAAGUGAUAAACUAUACAUAAAACCAAUUAAGUGCCUGCUUGUAUGUUGGGAUUUUUCACUUCACCCCCAUAUCCAGUUUGGCUCUGGUGUUGGGUGCUGUGAUUAUUGGCUGGGCGUUAAACUUUGUGAUCAUGGCUUUAUAUUAAAAAACUAUCAGGUCAAAUACAUACAUACGUACAUAAAACUAUCAAGUUUUAUAAUUUUGAUUUCAAAGUGCCAGAUCAUAGGUAGGAAUUGAGGGAUUUAUAUUGUACUAGUCUGUCAUUCGUAAUACAUACCUGUUGAGUGAUUAUAGAUGAAUAUGGAGCUCUGAUAGAAUGAUAGCAUUGCCCUUUGUGGACUAGUGGUUAGCAUGAUCGCCAGAAACUUGAAUCUAGCCAUGUGGCAUAUUUUACCUUCUUACUAAUAAGUUGGCCCACUGAAUUCAAAUUUUGAAAAUUUUAACUCUAUACAUGCCUGCAUGAGUUUAGGUUUAAUAGUACUGAAGAGGCAGAGUGUGGAACAAUGUAUUUUUAUUAUACAUUACAUUUACAAGUUGAAUGUAUGAACAAAGGUUUGCUUUGAUGUGCAGCAACAGGAUUCCACUGCUCUGCUCCUGAGCUUUAUAGAACUGUACAGUUAUAAGAGAGGCAGUCCUACAGGUUUUAUAUAAAAAUGGAAAUGGUGAGCAGUAGAGCAGGAAAUGCUGAAACUGUGAGUGGUGUGGACAUGAUUGGAUAUCUGUAAACUACAUAUGCAGAUAACAUGUCUCUUCUAGUAUGCACAAGUUGAUACCUCGUUUCUUCUGUAAUAUUCAUGUUUGUAACAUGCAAUUUCUGGUAUAUACAAGUUAAUAGUGUUCAUUCUCUA